AUGUAUGGAGUCAAAGAUGUACAAGUGGCUGCUUGUAUGGUUCCAAAAUUCAAACUUAAUUGGACUGUAGAAGAUAAUCUGAACGACAUCAAACACAUCACAAAUGUUCAUCCAUGUCAACCUGGCCCAUCAAAUUCACCACUUGCUAUCCCACUUGAUGAAAUUGAUGAAGAAUGUGAUACCAAUUGGGAACCAACACCCAAGAGAAAGAAAAAGCAAAGUUGUUCAGUAAAAAAGAGCAAACAAUCAAACUUGAAGAAAACAAAACCAAAACCAAAAAAGAAUACACCUGUAACAACUGAACAUGCUCCUGUAACCGAGGAUGUGACAGAUGAAUACCAUCGCAUUUGGAGAAAAAAGGAAAGUAAAACUGAUGUUCCAAGCUAUAAUAAUUCUGAAGGUCCAGUUGAAGAUUUAUUUCUUGAUACAAGUCCUACUGGUGUUUUUUUGACUUUAUUUGAAGGUAUACUUGAUCAUAUUCCAUAUGAAGUUUUGAAUUUUUUGGGAAUUAACUUUUUAAUGGGCUAUCAUAGGCUACCAAGUUGGAAACAUUAUUGGAGUUGUGCACCAGAUUUAUCAGUUCCUUUUGUGGCUGCCACAAUGACAAGAAAUCGUUUUGAUUUGAUUUUGACAAACUUACAUUUAAAUGAUAAUACUCUUAUUCCAAAAGAUAAUAAUGAUAAACUUUACAAACUGAAACCAACUGAAACCAACCAACUAUCUAUUGAUGAAUCUAUGAUUCUUUUCAAAGGUAGAAGUACAUUAAAACAGUAUAACCCGAUGAAGCUUAUUAAAAGUGGUUAUAAGUUAUGGUGUCUAGCAGACCAAAAAGGUUACAUCAAAAAAUUUCAGGUAUAUCAAGGAAAAGAUAAACAAUUAGAAAAUGAAUUUAAAGAUUGUGGUCUAGGUGAAAGAAUUGAGAACAGUUUAGCGUGUGGAACAAUACGAGCUCAUAGAAAAGGUAUUCCUAUACUUCACGAUGACUCAAAAUUAGCAAGAGGAUCUACAGAUUACAAAAUAACUGACUCUGGAAUUGGAGUUUUUAAGUGGAAAGAUACAAAAUCAGUUUUGUUAGCAUCAAACUACCAUGGCACAGAAAAAACCACUGUUUUAAGAAAAAACAAGCAAGGAGUGUCUACAGAAAUACCUUGUCCCCAGAUAAUAAAGGAUUACAACAACUAUAUGGGAGGAGUAGACCACGCAGACCAACUGAGAGUUACAUAUGGAGUAGAUAGACGGUCAAAGAAGUGGUGGCACAGGCUCUUCUGGGGUAUGAUUGAUAUUCUAUUUGUAAACGCUUAUAUAAUAUAUAAAGACCUGAACGGACCAAUGACACUAUUAGAAUUUAGACACAUUGUUGUUCAAGGGCUAAUAAAUAAAAAAGAACAACCAACACCAGUACGAGGUCUCUUUCAAAGAAAACCUAAAGAAAAUAAAGGUCAAAUAAAUAAGCGCAGAGGAAAAAAUUGGUCUGUUCCAAAUGAUGUAAGAUUUGGAAACCGUGGUAUACACUGGAUUAAAUAUGUAGAUGAACGAGGAAGAUGUGAGUGGGAGAGGGCUGGCGAGGGCGCUGGAAUGUUUCCUAUGGGGGCUAGAGCCCCCUAG